AUGGCGUCCGGCAGCCGCUCCUUCUUUGCGCCGCAGGAGACCAGGCUCGAUCUGCCUCAGGGUUCGUCUUCCCAGACACCAGACAUCACGCGGCCGGCGAGCCCAUCGGAAUCGGAUCGGACACCCUUCCUCAACGGCGACGCCGGCAGCCGCAGCCGCGAUGACGUCCGGCUGGGCGCAAAGGCGCUCAAGCACGACGGCGACGGAGGCGUCAGCAUCGGCUCGCUCGCUCCCAUCUUCAGCUACUGCGGCGCCAGCAUCAUGAUGACGGUGGUCAACAAGUUUACCGUCUCCGGAGCGGGCUUCAACAUGAAUCUCCUGGUGCUGCUGAUCCAGUCCACGGUCGGUGUCGCCUGCGUGCUGGCGGCCGAGCGGAUCGGUUGGAUCCAGCUGCGCGGCCUCAACGCCAAGGACGCAAAGACCUGGGCGCCCAUCAGCACGCUGCUCGUCUUUGUCAUCUACACGGGCAGCAAGGCGAUCCAGCACCUCAACAUCCCGGUCUACACCAUCUUCAAGAACCUCACCAUCAUCCUCAUCGCCUAUGGCGAGGUGCUGUGGUUCGGCGGCAGGGUGACGAAGCUCAUCCUCUCGAGCUUCCUCCUGAUGGUCGUCUCGUCGAUUGUCGCCGCGUGGUCCGACGUGUCGCAGGCGGCCGCCAUCAGCGACCUCUCGAUGCCUCACACGCCCGACUCGAUCAGCGGCGGCCUCACCACCGACCCCAAGACUGGCCUCGCCGUCCACGCCUGGGACGUCCUCAAGCAGGAGAAGGAGGCUAUCACGGCGCAGAUCAGCUCCGGCUCGGACAACGACGUCUUUGAAGGUCUCCGCGGGAUGGGCCUGCUCUCGAGCGGCUACGUGUGGAUGUUCUGCAACUGCAUCGUCAGCGCGGCUUAUGUGCUGGCGAUGCGGAAGCGGAUCAAGGUGACGGGCUUCAAGGACUGGGAUUCGAUGUACUACAACAACCUGCUGAGCAUCCCCGUGCUGCUGCUCAUGUCGUUCCUGGUCGAGGACUGGAGCUCGGCCAACAUUGCCACCAACUUUCCCGACGACAAGCGUACCAACCUGAUCACGGCCAUUAUCUUUUCGGGCGCGUGCGCCGUCUUUAUCAGCUACACGACGGCGUGGUGCAUCCGGGCCACGUCGAGCACGACGUACAGCAUGGUGGGCGCGCUCAACAAGCUGCCGCUGGCCGUGAGCGGCAUGGUCUUCUUCAAGGACCCGCCCGUGACGCUGGGCAGCACGAGCGCCAUCGGGCUGGGCUUUCUGGCGGGCCUGGUGUACGCGUUUGGGAAAAACAAGCAGGCCGAGGCGGCCAAGGCGGCGACGACGACGGCGGCGACGGGUCUGGGAUCCGACGACCGUUCUCACGCCAACAGCGCCAAGGGUGUGAUCCCGAUGCACACGCUCAACAGCUCGGAUCGGAAAGACUAG